CUGUCGGGUGGAACGCACCGUGUGGUCCCGUGCUUGGUAGCAGAGUUCGUGAAGCGUCGUCGCGUUUUCGUUGCUGGACUUACUCCGUCGUUGUUUUUGUUGUUGUCGCCAUAGACAGUAUCAUUGUGGUGCGAUCGCCUCCGCCUCCCUCCCCCUUUCGGGAAAUCGGGUAACAUAAAGUGACUGGGACUGAUCGUGGAAUAUCUGCCCACCCAGCUGGGGAAUACAAUCGGAGGCCCAGAAGCAGUGAUGCGUGUGUGACACAUUCGAGCGCAGACCUCCUUCGUCUGUUCGGUGAAUGCAAUUUUGUGCAGAGCUGUUCAAUUGCAAGUGCGGGGAGUUGGUGAACUCUGUUGGGCUGGUUGCUGACUUCCUGGAGAGUGAACCAUUUUGACAGUGGGGGGUCAUGCCACAGAAAAACGUAAUAGAUUUUCCAAAUGGUGUUUGAUGUUUCAAUUACAGCUGCGGGAAACUUAAGUGUGCAUUAUUAAUUGGUUUUGAUGAUUGCUGGCGGAUGAAUUGAUAAUGUCUUUGUGACUAGAUUGUAUGUUGUCUUUGUUGAUUGCCGAUUGGAGAUACAUCGGAGUUGGUGCGAAAUUGUGCUCCACGAAGCGCAAAGAGAAAUUAUUUUUCUUUAAUCAAGUGUGAUAAUCAAAUUCUUGUUGAAGUUGAAGUCAUCGCUUUUUUCGCAAUGCUUUGUCGAGAGAAAAAAGAAGAGAUAGAUAACAUGUGCUACAAGUAAACUAGUUUAGUGCAAAUUAAUCGAUGCAGGGAGAAUAGUGAGUGCAGGAAAAUAAAUAGAAACCAGUGUUUAGCGCAAAAUAUGUUUACACAGUCCAAGUGAAACGGAAUAACAGUGCGAUCUCUCGCCAAAACCGGAUCGAAACACGAUUAUUGCAUAUUUUUCAUCUGCUUCGCGUCUAGUUAUUUUGUUGAUCGGGAAAAAAAAACUGUGUAACUUUUCGAUUUUUAAGACCCGUGGAAAUUGCAAGGUGAAUAAUUUUCAACCGCACGUGCACGUCCUCACUCGGGUUUACAAGCUAGGGAUAUCCUGCUCCCGAAAAUACACACGACUGGGAAUACAGGUCAAUAGAAAUCUCAGUGCCCUACUGACGAAGCGUAAGAGAUAUCCUUCCUCAACCAACGCAUGCACGGUGCGCGCAAAUGUGGUCGUGAGCUGGUGACGGACACAGACGCAGCAUCCACAAAGUUCAAGGUGUGUCUUGUUACAAUACAAAGAGAAUGAAACGAAAUUAAAAAAAUGUUUAUUAUGAAUCCACAUGAUCAGCUCGACAGUCCGUGAAAUCCAUCAUCUUGCAAUCAAAUCCAUAUUUUCAUCCGUAUAGAAAAGAAAUUUUGUGUUUUCGCGACAGCCACCAGUGACCGGAAAAUCACUAUCUUCAGCGACCACCUUUUUGCGAGAGAAAAAAAACAAAUAAAUAAUCGCUACCGACAACCAAGAGCCAUUUUUGCACAACGCCAACAGCGGCUACCACUUAACUCAUUAUGAAAAGUGAAUCACUUUUCAUCGGUUAGCUGCUAACCUAUAUUUGAAACGCAGCGCAAAGAAAGAAAUCCGCACGAGUCAGGCGGUAGUCAUCGCGCGCCGCGAUUUGGUUUUUGUUAACAUCGUCAUCGUCGUCGUCUUUCACCGCGGUCGGCGGCGGUGCGCCGUGUCGGGCUGUUGCUAAAAGAUGUCGAAAAGAGGCAUUUGAGUGAAACUAAAAUCGGCUGCGAUUAUUAUUAUAUUUCGUUCGUUUCGGUUUUUGCGGUACCGCGGUCGUGGGCAGGUUUUACUGCGAACUUCCCAAGCCGGCAUCACCGCCGGUGCGUGUCCGCGCUUCCACAAAUUAGAAGAAAACCGGAAAGACGCAAACUUCGAUUUCUCGCGCGCCGCGCCGCUCUGCGUAAUUCACUUAGCGAGAGCUGAAGAACGUUUCCGCUGCUUGUGUGGUUCUGUUGAUGUAAAUAGUUAACUUGAUAUCAAAUAUAGUGCGGUAUUCUUCCUAUCGAUCUAUGCUUAAAUUUUGAAAUGUCUAUCGUGUGAUAUUUAAAGAUCAUGUUUCAUUUAAUGCUUAAGUUUCGUGAUGGCGUACGACAAGCGUGACGAAGACAACUGUUGAGUUUUGUUACAAUUCUUCCCAUGUGUAGAUCCCCGCCUGCAUAGGAACUAUCAGAAAAAAUUGGAAAAAUUGUGACUAAAAAGCAGCAACCAUGAGAAAAUCUGCACUGAAUAAUAGCAUGUGAGAGGAAGAUCGGAGCUUUUUUACAGUGUCGUAUGAUUUUAAAUGUACCACGAAGAAUAAUCCCAUGAUUGGUGACAAACGCAGACUGGUGUGAUUAAACAAGCCACCCGACAGGUCUUUGGAGGAAAAUAAGAAGCGCGAAAGUUUUGAUACAAAAAGAAGAUUGGCAGGAGAAAAGAUCCGGAGCUUUAAUCAAGAUGUCAGCCGGAUUGAUGUCGUGUGUUCGGGAGAACUCGCCUCCCCUGGAAAGUCCCCCUACCACACCCGGAACCGGAGCCAACAGUAGCAGCAGCACCAACCACAACAGCAGUGGGCAUGUCACAGGCAGUCACAUCGGCACAUCGAGCGGCGGUGCGUUGGAUCCCAACGAUAUCCCGAUCACAAUUACCACUCCCGAGCAUCACCACCAAGCAGCCGGCGAUACCGGCACCACACGUCGCAAGCGAUUUCAUCCACUGCGUAACCUGAGGCGAAUCUUCCGACGUCGCACAGUCUCGUCGGCCGAUGCCACGCCGCGUCAGCUGUUGGCGAAAAGUCAGACCCAUAUCCACUUCGCCACAUCGGGCUGCUCGACUACGGAUGCCACACUGCCCCGCACUGGCCUGGGCGUACCGAUCACAAUCCGGGCCGACUCAGGUGGUGGUGGCGGUGGCGGUGGAGGCGGCGGUGUAGCAGCCGGUUUCUACAAACGGGAAACCUACCGCCUUCGGGACGCCGAUGACCUAGACAAGGAGAUGUCCGACUACCAAAGGAGCCUCAGCGAGGGCCGACUGGUGGAUAGUGACAUUAGCCGCGAUGGCUUGUCCCAGUCCCAUGACAGCGUUUUCUCGGAGUCCGCCGGUACCGCUAGCAGUCUAUCGAUCACGCUCAAGAACGAAUUGGCAGAUGUGCUACGGAAGCGACGAAAAGAUCGCCACCAUGAGGCCUCCGAUGAGGAUCUUGGUCUACCGCAAAGUCCCAUCACGCCACAGCGCAAAGAUCGAGGAAUCAACAAGAGCGAAGGAUCGCUGAGCAUUCUCAGCAUGACCAGUUCCGAUUUGGAUUUAGAGGAACGAUCAGCGUCCAAUGCCAGUGGCAACAAUCUGCUCCAUCUGGAUUCAUCCAGUUCCAGUGUGCACAAUCGGUCCAGUGAUCCGGAUGAAAAUGACUCUCCAGCAUCGAAGCUCAGUCAUUCAGCAGCCAGACACAAGCUAGCCGUUAGACCGAAGAAGAAAGGGCCAACGCGUGCCCGCGCUCGUCCACGGGAGUCCUCCGUCUUACCAGCUACACCGGAGGUCAAUGAAGACUCGUUUAAACUAUCCACACUUGACAUUCCAGCUGAACUUUCUCCUGUGGCAAAUGAGGAUGAGGAGAAGUGCCACUCUUUACCGUAUAUGCAUCCAGGAGCUCUAACCACGACAACCCAGUCGGUGCUAACCAGUAGCAGUAGCACUACUAUAAUAAAUAAAUCGCCUGAGCAGCAACAGCCUCCGUUGAACUCUAAAUUUUCUGCGUCGGUUUCAUUGUCUGCAUCGGGUGCUGCAAACCCCAAUUCAUCAAUUUAUGUCAACAGAAACAUUUCUAAGAGCUACGAUUUCAAUGGUUUUAGUGGCGAACAUUUCAUCACCGAAGAAAUCGACCAGACGACUGGUAGCAAGAAGGAGGAUGAUGGAUUCUUCAAAAGGAUUCUCAAUUAUAGCUUCAAAAAGAAAAAGCAUGAUCAAGGAUCGAAGGACGAGCUGUCGACUGUUAUUCCCGUAGCUUCGACAAGAAAGGAAGAUAACACAAGUACGGUUUACAUAACUCCUGGUAUGAGCAUCCCUUCGGAACCUAGUGUGAAGCUAUCACUUCCAGUUUGUGAGGGGGAUGUACCCGAUAUGAGCGGGUACAAGAAAAUAAAAGCGGGACCAGCUUCUAGGCAAAGAGUCUUCCCGAAAGAUAUUUUCAAUUCCGAAGUUGAUGCCCCACGUGAAGGACAGCGCUAUUCGUCUAAUGUUGAAGUGAACCGUCAUUCAACGUCAUCCAAUGGGAGUGGUUCGAUUGUCAUUAGCGGCGACUCCAAAGCUGUGCAGCACAAGAGUGAAGAAUAUUUGGUAUCGAAGAGUCGAAAACUGUCAGAGCGUAGCUUUGACGAUGAAGACGAUGAUGAAGAAAUUGGACGCAGAUAUAAUUCUAAUGUUGAUAAGCUGAAAAACCCUAAAAUUUACGGAUUGAGUCCGUAUCAACAGAGAAUUGCGAAAAUUUCGGUCAAUCAGAAUGAGUCUCCUAAAGAAAGUCCUUCGAAGCGUAAAGCAGUUGAAAAGUCCAAGAGCUUCCGGGUGUAUAACGAUAAAGUGUCAAACAAUUUGACCAACGCCAACAACUUGCCUAGUUUACCCAAUUUGACCAAUUCGUUGUCCAUUGGCAACUUUAGCAAUAAUUUCUUGGAAACCGAGCACAAAUUUUUCAGCAUGACUGAGAAUAUCAACGUUGGGAAUCAGAAAAUAUUCAAAGACUACAUUUCAAAUGUAGAUGAACAGAUUGGUGAAGAUGGACGCGCAACAACGUCAACGUCUUCAUUGCAAAAGUUUGAAAUAAACGACAAUAAUCUGUUGAACCCGCGCGAACAGGAGCACGUGGACCAUCAACCUAAGUCGAUUGUGCUGACUACAAACGCAAUCCCUCCACCAGAACCGAACGGAAUUUUGCACAAGUCGAAUCAAAAUAUUUCCCAAAUCGAAGAAACCAUCGAUAAGUUGGUUUCGUCGCCAUUCGUCAGCAUUAUCAAAGACGCAGGAAGCAACGAUCGGUUGGACCAAGUUGAUCCCCAGCUGUUGACCAACAAUGUGCCAGAGUUCAUGAAGAUCCAGUUGAACCGCGUAGAUACGCCUCGAUCCAAAUCGACAGUGGUGCUGUCAACUGCUACGCCGUUGAGCAGCACAUCAUCAACGCCGCCACCUAGUCCAGCAUUACCGUUGUCCGUAGCAGAUGAGUCUAUCAAGACACGACGCUUCAGUAAUGAGAACAUAGAGAUUACCGAAAGUAAGCCUCCCUUGCCACCGUCAGCAGCGAUCGUUGCUGCCAGAAGUAGCUUCAUUGAAGCACCGAAAAGUCCUCCAGCUUUCAAACGUGCUGACGUUGGAUCGAAGCGCAAUUCGGUAAACCUGUCUCAGGAAAUUUCCGACGAUAGAAAAGUGAUUCUACAGCGCAGAACAUCGGUAACCGAAGAAAAAAUAAAGUAUGAACGAAGGAUUUCUUCAUCGUCGGAGGACAUAAAAAUAGAGAGGAAAAAGUCUGGAUCGGAUGAAAUAUUGGAGAAACGGAGCAGCAAUUAUAACAGCGGUUCAAGUAGUGGAGACGAACUUGUCGUACUGCGGAAGAAGUCCAUCGUGGAUUCGAUCAAAGACAAAGAUAAGGAUACUCCGGAAUUGAUGAAAGUAUUCGCACGGAGAUCGUUGAAACUUCGUUCCGAUGAGGAGUAUAGACCUGGAGAAGCAAAAUCUUUGCUGAGCGUUGAUAGUGAUAAAGAGAACCAGUCGAGCGAGGAAAAGCUGGAUAAAAUUGUAAAACCCGAUAACGCGCCGGUUGGAUCAAAGAACAUAACGGCCGGUGUAACCAAGGAGCAUACCGAUGGAAAAACAACACCCGACAACAACUCCAACGAUGUUCUACGGAAAAGUACUACAAAACCGUUCGGCGUACCUAAUCGGUUCGGAAAUACUACGAAUGUGCAAACCAGGAAUACAGCCUCGUUCGUAGAACUUCGGAAAUCGCUGAUUCCAACCCCCACGGUAACCGUCAGUAAUAAUGCCAACAAUAAUAACUUUUCGAAGACCACACCGGAUGGUAAUGAGAACAAUAGUAUCAAUGGAACCAGUAACAAUAACAACAAUAGCAACCGCCAUACAAUCGCUACCAUGAAUCAGUUCAAUUUGAACGCCAACAAUAAUAAUACCAAUGGCAGUACCAACGGGAACUCCCAUACUAUAGAAGCCAUUGGUGAGGCGAAUGAGUUCAAGGGUAUAUUGCAGAGAAGGGCCGAAUGGGAGAAAAGGGCAAAGGAGGGAUUCAAAUGAAACAGUUACGGAUCUGAAGAUUCUAUUCAAGCGAGCAAAAAAUCACUGUAGACCGGUGUAGUUCGUUUACUAUGUGUAGAAUAGCGGUUGGAAAGACUAAAUUAUCACUUUUGCUCAUCGGUGUUUUCAAUGAACUAGAUGCUCAUAAUGUAUACCUAACAACACACGAAAGUCGAUAUUUACCACAAAAACACAAGAUUUCCAUUAACAGUGAAGGCUUCCCAAUGUUGCAAAUGUCUACCCACCGAGUUGCAUCCCCCAAUGAACCGUAAAUCAGCUUUGUUAGUAAUGAUCAAUUAAGUGGACAAAUGGUGCACUCGACAGAAAUUUGAUAUUUUCGCAAAGGACGCAACUGAUCAACCGAACUGAUUUUAAUUGUGAAGACAAUACGAAAAUUGUAAUUUUAAUUUGCCACACUCCAAACAGUUAGCGACUUGCUGUUGGGUCCGACGUGAAGAGCUUUGUUUUAUAGCAGUUUAAUUUGUUCCCUGCAGUUCCCUCCUUGGAAAUGCAUAUUUAAACGAUAAUCAAAACACGAAAUCAAAACUAAUUUCAACACUAAACAAAUGUGAUAAAAAUAUUAUAGUUAUGUAAAAAUAUAUUCGAACGCGAUAUUUUUGUUAGAAUCUAUACUAAUGCAUGAAGUUAGGCUUUAUUAUCUGAUUAUCCCCUUCUAAAAAGAAAUCCACGAUAAUAACCAUUUUUCUACUCGACUGUGAAAUCGGUUUUACACAACAAUUGAAGUUUUCCGUAAAAUAUGCUUAAUUAGCUAAAACGAAAGUUGUUGAUUCAAGUUUAUACAAAUCAGAACUGUACAUACGGAGCGAUUAAAAAAUUGUCGCCCCCCAUAGCUUUUAGUGGAGGAUCAUCGGCUGAACCAAUUUCUGUAAAAUCUUAGAAUGGACAUAUUUAUACGUAUAGUAAAACCAAUAUCAUUUAGUCGUACCAAGAACAAUGUUAUGAAGAUACAUAUGUUUAGAAAAGUAGCUGCAUCGAAAGCAUGUUGAACAUUGACAGAUUGAUCAGAGAUAGAUUGACGCCUUUUCAAGGUAGACCGCAUAUAUUUACCGAAAGUUAGAGUAUUUUAUCAAUCCAAUUUUUCCGACAUUUUCACAUAGCAUUCACCAAAUCAUUCACAAAUUCAACCGACUACACACUUAGAUUUCCAUCAUUGUCAACUGUUGAUGGGUGAGAGAAAGAAGCUUUUGAAAGAAGGGAUAUUGGUACUAUCCUGUUGACGAUGAUACGGCACGGAACGAGAUAAAGCAAGAGUAGCAAUAGCAUUCAGUGUAUAUGUAGCUCCUAUUGACGAUACAUAAACUGCUAAUAAAUUAUGUACGAUGAAAAUGGAAAA